AUGUGUGGCCAUGUCAAGUUUGCAGGAGAACUUUUGAGUAAAAACAUAGAACUCGCAAUGGAGAAAGACUCGUAUGGGUUUACUCCUCUUCACCUGGCUUCUGCGAGGCAAUGCCCGUCUAUGGUGAAGAAGUUGUUAGGGUCCAACCAAGACGCUUGUUUGGAACGAGAUAAUGAAGGGCGAACACCUCUACAUUUCGCAGCAAUGAAAGACAGGGUCAAAAUUAUAAAGGAGUUGAUUAAGCAGAAACCUGAAGCAAUCCACAUCCGAAAUCAUAAAGAAGAGACCAUAUUUCACUUUUGCGUCAAACAUGACAGUUUAAACGCCUUAAAAUUGUUGGUAGAGGAAAUGCCAUCAAUUGAUGAACCAACUGAUACGGACAUGAUUGCUCUAUCUAUCAACUCCAAAAACUCUGAUGGCAACACAAUUUUGCACCUUGCUGCUAAAAUGAAGCAAAUGAAGAGUAAGAACAUCGAUAUCAAAACGGAUAUUCGAAACAAUAAGGGCGUCAAAGCACUACAUAUGUUUUCAAAGGCAGAAAGAGAUGAUCUUGAAAUUGGUUGCUAUAACAAGAAGAAGAAAACAAAUCCAUCUGAUUCUGAUCAGAAGUGGAUGCUAGAGAAAGUGAAUGCGUUAAUGGUGGUUGCAACAUUGGUAGCAGGAAUCGCCUUCACUGCCGCUAUGAAUCCACCUGGUGGUGUUUUUCAAGAAGACUCCAAAAUCAAGGCUAGUGAAAAUCCUGUUAUUUUUACUUAUUAUCUAAGGUCCGUGGCUAGUCCACCAAAUCUAGUCGCUUUGGCAGAUAUCUAG